AUGCCCGUCAAAGGUUCAGACAUCAUCCUCAUUCUCGUGGCUAUCAUCUUCCCGCCUGCCGCAGCUGGGAUCAUCACCGGCUGUUCAUGUGACCUGUUCAUCAACAUCUGUCUGACUGUUCUGGGAUACCUACCGUUCGUUCCCUCCUUCCUCUCUGAACUCCCCAUGGGCGGACACAUCCACGCCUUCUGGUUGAUCUACAAGAAGAUCAAGGCUGAGGAGUACUUCGGGCCGGGCGGAUACGAGUACCUCGGGAACGGCGAGUUCCAGGGUGUACAGGGCUUCGCUGGGCACCAGGGAGGAGUAGCGCCACCGCAGGCUCACUAUGGCGCUACCCGCUAA